AUGUCGUUCAUCGAUACAACAAAAGAUCUCCCCGCCCUCUUUAAGAAACAAGUGGAGGCGACUCCGAAUGGCGUGGCGCUGGAAGAUGGGACCACCACAUACACAUAUGCCGAGCUAGAUCAAGAAGUCGAUGCGCUGGCCACUCGACUGCGACUGUAUGGCGUCAGCCGUGAUUCGUUGGUUGGAGUGUUGCUUCCUCGCAGCGCACACUACGUAAUUGCCUGUCUGGCUGCGCUUCGUGCGGGUGGUGCAUUUCUGGUUUUGGAGCUCGCGUACCCCGCGGGGCUCUUAGCCGACGUUAUCGAAGAUGCCCGCCCCGCCGUGGUCAUUACCCACCAAGUGGAGGCCCCCAGAGUGAAAGCACAAUGCCCGGUGAUCGCAUUGGACGAGCCCACAACCGAAGUGAACGGAAAUACGAAAGAAGCCGCAUCACUACCAGCGGAUGAUGAUUUAGACCGUCUGGCAUUUGUUUCGUACUCUUCCGGCACCACAGGCAAGCCCAAGGGAAUUGCCAACCCCCACAGAGCACCCGUGCUCUCAUAUAACCUGAGAUUUGGAAUCCAGGAUCUGCAACCGGGCGACCGAGUAGCAUGCAAUGUGUUUUUCAUUUGGGAGAUGCUUCGCCCACUGUUGCGUGGUGCGACUGUUGUGACCGUUCCCGACGAUGUUAGCUAUGAUCCCGCAGCCUUGGUGGAUCUCCUUGCCUCUAAGCGCAUCACCGAAACGCUCAUGACCCCGACAUUGCUAGCUACUGUGCUUUCUCGCUAUUCUGCCGGUCGCAUUGCGACCCGUUUACCGGAGCUUCGAACACUAUGGCUAAACGGCGAGGUGGUGACUAUGGAUCUGGCCCGUCGGACGAUCAACUCUUUGCCCGACACGCGAUUACUGAACUGCUAUAGUGCAUGUGAGACACAUGAAAUUGCGUGUGGAGAUAUUCGGGACAUGAUUGAUGACUCCAUCUACUGCCCCGUUGGUCCUCCCCUUGACCCCGAGCAUAUGUAUAUCUUGAACGAGAAUGGUGAACGGGUAGAGGCUGGCGCGUCCGGAGAGUUGUUUAUCGGUGGAGAUCUUCUUGCCCGAGAAUAUUUGAAUCUCCCAGAGACAACGGCCAAGGCUUUCACUCCGGAUAAGUUUGAUGCCACUCCUGGUGCUCGGAUGUACCGUACUGGUGAUUUGGCUCGACAGCUGCCUUCGGGACUUCUGGAGAUCACUGGGCGAGUGGGCGCGAUGAUCAAACUUCGCGGUUACUCUGUUGUCCCUGCGAAGGUGGAGAGUGACAUUUGCAAGUAUCUGGCUGUGAGUCAUUGUGCCGUCGUUGCGCAUGGAGAUGGUCUGGAGCGACAGCUGGUCGCAUACGUUGUGGAAGAUACCGAGGCAGGAGAUCGUCCGACGGUUGACGUGAACGAGGCUGGACAUAGCCCGGGUGCGCGCCGUGUGCUGGAGGAGCACCUUGCUCACUAUAUGAUUCCCGCUCAGUGGGUGGUCUUGAAAGAGCUUCCCACUAGUGAUGUCUCUGGUAAGGUCGAUCUUAAAAGCCUUCCCCCACCACGCAGUGCCAGCCCCGUUAGCAGCGAGCAGUCGGUGGACAAGGAUCCCAUUGGCAUCGACGACAUUGCUGCUAUCUGGGCCAAUGUUCUCAAGACUUCGAAGAGUCUUCUGAAGCCCGAAGAUAACUUCUUUGACCUGGGAGGCCACUCAUUGUCUCUCGCGGACUUAGCAUCCAGAGUGUCAAGACAGUUUGGCUUCCGUGUGCCUAUCCCACGUCUGGCAGAGAAUGUGUCACUAUCUGGUCAUCUUGAUACAGUGCGCGCCAUUCGUGACGGACACACUGCAGCCGUCCAAGCGGAUCUUCCAGCUGUUCUACUAGCCGACUCCACUUUGGACGACGAUAUCAAACCUCUUCCCAACACAACCAUGACUUCCAUUGCUUCUGCGGAGACUGUACUCUUGACCGGUGUGACUGGAUUCUUGGGUGCCUUCCUGCUGAAUGAUCUUCUUGAGAACACUUCGGCGCAGAUUAUUUGUCUGGUUCGAUUUAGUGAUCCAGAAGACGAUGACCAAGCCGGCGGUGUUGCUCGUAUCCGUCGCAAUCUUUUGGAUCUGGGACUGUGGCGUGAUACAAUCAUGGAGCGUGUGGAGGUUCUCCCCGGAAACCUUUCCAGAGCUCGUUUCGGGUUGUCGCCUGAGACCUUUGACGACCUUGCAUCUCGAGUCCAGGUCAUUGUUCACGCUGCUGCUACCGUCAACCUAGUCUACCCGUACGCUGCACUCCGCAACGCCAACGUUGGUGGAACUAGAGAGAUUCUCCGUCUGGCCUCUAAGGGUGGCGCCACAGUUCAGUAUGUCUCGACCAACGGUGUUCUGCCCCCCUCUCCUACUGGUGGCCGCGGCUGGACCGAGGAUACUAUGCUGGAUAUUGCGGAUGUGCCCACGAAGCUGCUGGACGGCUACGGCCAGACCAAGUGGGUUGCUGAGCAACUCGCUCUUAAGGCUAGUCAACGCGGAUUGCCAGUCAAAAUCCACCGCUGCGGUACCAUCAGUGGACACAGUCUGACUGGUUCAGCAAACGCGUGGGAUCUGCUCACUGCUUUGAUAGUAGAGUCCAUCCGUCUUGGAUACGCACCAGACGUUGACGGCUGGCGUGCAGAGAUGACUCCUGUGGACUUUGUCAGUCAGUCGAUCAUACACCUUGCCACAAAGACUGAGAAAAUCGAGAACCAGCCCGAGCAAACGAUCUACCACUUGGGUGAUCCCGAUCCUAUCAACACUCGCAUUGUCUUUGAGAAUCUGGCGGAGCUUGGCUACCCCACUCAACUACUCUCCUGGGAUGAAUGGGUAGCUCUCUGGACGGAGAAGCGGGGCUCGACUAAGGGUGGAGACGGUGCAUUUACCGUCGACAUUCUUCGCAGCGGUAUGCCUACCGUGGAAUUCCUUCGUGGAAUCGUGGUCUUGGAUAAUGCCCUGACUCGGCCUUUCCGCAAGGCGGUCGAAAGACCCAAGGUUGAUCCCCUCCUGCUCGAGACAUAUGCCCGCCACUGGUUUGCUCGUGGCUGGCUCCCUAAGCCCCCAUCUCGUCGUGACGCUCUUGGCCGCUCCCUUGCCACCCGGCCAGCUUCCCGCGGCCCUCUCAGUGGACAAGUCGCGGUUGUCACAGGUGCUUCAUCAGGCAUUGGCGCUGCAGUGGCAGCCGCACUCGCCAAACAAGGAUGCGCUGUUGCACUCGGCGCCCGGAGAUUAGAUGCUCUGGAGUCUGUUAAACGCAACGUUGAAUCCUUCGGCGUCAAAUGCAUUGUCCGUUCAACUGACGUGACCAACAAGACUGAAACAGAGGCCCUCUUCCAAGCCGCCCGAGACGAGUUGGGCGAAGUCGACAUCCUCGUCGCCUGCGCCGGUGUCAUGUACUUCACCAUGAUGGCAAACACUCAAACAGACGAAUGGGAACGCACCGUGGACGUCAACUGCAAGGGCCUAUUGAAUUCACUCUCAUCCUCGGUCCCCAGCAUGCUUUCCCGUGGCAAGGGUCACAUUGUGGCUAUAUCCUCCGAUGCAGGUCGCAAGGUCUUCCCUGGCCUGGGCGUCUACUCUGCUAGCAAGUUCUUUGUUGAGGCUACUCUCCAAGCUUUGCGUCUUGAGACAGCUGGGGCUGGGUUGCGGGUUACAGCUAUUCAGCCUGGUAACACAUCGACUCCAUUGCUGGGCAUGUCAACUGAUGCGGAGGCCGUCAAGAAGUACGGUGAGCCAUCUGGUGCGAAGAUCUUGGAUCCUUCUGAUGUGGCCAAUUCCAUUGUGCAUGCUCUUACUCAGCCGGAGCAUGUCUCUGUGAAUGAGAUUUUGGUGGAGCCUCGGGAUGAGCCUAUCUAA